AUGACAUCGUUAAGGUUGGAGGGGGAAGGUGGCAUUCCCUCCUUGUCAUUAUUGGACUGGGUAUGGGCUUGUGUCGGGCUAGUUUUGGGUCGACCGAUCAGCAGCUGCUUCAAGUGUUCCAAUCGCACUCGGCACUUUCGCAGUUUCGUCGUGCUCGUACUACAGUCUACCUACCCGCGUGCGUUAGUCGAUGCGAUAUUAUUGUACCUAUUUCAAAUAAUACAAUUGAUAUAUUAUUAUAUUAUACCUACGUGUUUUCAGCACGUGGAAAGGACCAAUAAAACGGACAAAAUGAAGUGGAAAAGCAUCUUGACGGAACUGUUACUGCUGUUGGUUAAAAGCGUUUACUACAUUGGCGAGUCCAUUUAUUACAUGUUUGUGCCGUUACCGGAAAAAUCUUUAGCCGAUGACAUCGUUUUGAUCACAGGCACAGGGCACGGAAUAGGGAAAUGUUUGGCGAUGCAGUUUGCCGACGUGUCUGCCAAAGUGGUGUGCGUUGACAUCAACGAGAAGUCUAAUGUGGAGACCGUAAAGGAAAUCAACGCCAAGUGGAAAGGAAAAGCUUUCGCUUAUACGAUGCUGGAUACAUUUUUACCYGGAAUGAAAGCUCUGAACAAAGGACAUGUWGUGUUCUUGUCGUCGAUGGCUGGUAUAAUUGGCUUGAAGAACUUGGUGCCUUAUUGUGCGUCUAAAUUCGCAGUGAGAGGUCUAUCAGAAGCGAUAAUGGACGAGUGYAGGGAUGAUGGCUUUAAAAAUCUCCGUUUCACCUGUAUUUAUCCAUACAUGGUGGACACCGGUCUGUGUAAGAAACCUAUAAUUCGUUUCCCCGGUUUGUUACCACUUGUAACACCCGAAUCGACAGCGAGAGAGAUAAUAUCAGCCGUCAAAAAGAACUUACUUGAACAAUCCAUCCCGAGUCCAUUGCUCGUCAUCAAUAACAUAUUUAGAUGUUAUCCGCACAAAAUGGCAAUGGACUUCAAAGAUUUCAUGGGCGGUGGAGUUGAUGCACAUGAUGAUUAAUUAUUAUCAAAUAUGCAUGCGUGAAAACUAUAAUCCUAUAACGAAAUUAACAUCAUGUUCGUAUAAUACUGCAGUGGACCGCUAAUUGAGCAAUCGUGUACUAUUAUAUACCUAAUAUGGAACU